CAAAAAUUGAAUACAGAUAAAACGAAGUUAUAGUAUUGUCUAUGAAACGAAUGUCAAUUGUCAAAUUUAGAACUGUCAUCAAACAGAGGUGUUAUGUCACACUUCUAGUUCGAUUUUUUAUUAUGAAUUAAUUUGAGCAAUAUGGCCACACUUAUUCGAACUACAUUUGUGAAGGUGAUCAGCCCUGCUCAGGGUGGCAAGAUCGCAGGAUGUACCAUCUUGCAAAAGCGGAAUAUCAGUGGAAAAACUUUGAGGGAAUCUUUCCCCCCUCGUCCACCUAAGCCCGCACCAUUCGAUUAUGUUAACAAAGACUACACUUGGUUACGUAGUCUUUUCGACAGAACUACUCAUAGAUUCGAUGAGAACACCAAAGUAGUCGUCGUCGAGGGCCCAGUGGCGGCUGGCAAGACUGAAUUUGCGGCCGCGCUUGCAGAAGACCUUGGUAUGAAGCAUUUCCCUGAAGCCAACAUGGACAUCCAUUACAUUCAACAGGGAGUCGAUCUGCGGACCUUUAACAAUAAGUUGCCAGAGGACGCUAGAAGCUUUGAGCACAUAGAAUUCAACAUGACACCUAAUCAUCGCUUGGCUGGUAACUACCAAAUCAUGAUGUACAUGGCUAGAUACAGCCAGUAUAUUGAUGCGGUGGCUCAUUUGUUGAACACUGGCCAGGGUGUGGUAUUGGAGCGAUCCCCUUACUCCGACUUUGUAUUCUUGGAGGCAAUGUUCUCCCAGAAGUACAUCAGCAAGGGUGUCCGUUCUGUGUACUAUGAACUGAGGAACACAACCAUUGAAGAUUUGCUGCGUCCUCAUUUGGUCAUCUAUCUAGAUAUACCAGUAGAUAAGGUUGUAGAAGCAGUAAAAAAGCGCGGCCACAAACACGAAGUCGAGGGCAAAGCGCUCACCGUGCCGUUCCUCCAAGAAAUGGAGCGUCAAUACAAGAACAAGUACUUGCGCGAUAUAUCCACACACGCGGAACUGCUUGUGUACGACUGGACCGGCGGUGGUGAGGUUGAAGUGGUUGUAGAAGACAUUGAGCGUAUAGACUUCGACCAAUACACACACAGGGACGAGCCCAAACUGAAGGACUGGAGGCUGCCACGUGAAGUCGAAUGGGCCGACCAGAGGAUGAUAUUCACAAACAGCAAGCACAUAUUCAUGAAUCAGUUCAACAUACCGAGAACUGAUGUGCCCGAAUUGAUAACUAGUGCAGAUGAUAUGCAUGCGUAUAACCAGGUUGUAUACUCUCACCCACAACUUCAGUUCGCGCAAGGCUACAACAAGGAAGCCGGUGACACUGGCCUCGCCUUCAAAAACAAACACCCCAAAUACACGGAGUACUUCUAAACGGGGAUUAGAUUGUUUAUUGUGAAUAUGUAAUAAAAUAGUGAAUGUUAA